UCUCCCUCCAUCUCUCUCUCCCUCCCUUCUUCACUGUUUCCCUCUCUCUCUGAAUUUUAGGAAAACAGUUCCUUAAACGACUCACAAACACUUGAGCAGAACUGAGAGGGAAUUGGGAAAAGUAUGAAUGCCAGGCACAUGUACCGACUCUGGUUGGUAUGUCCUGCCUUUCUCAAGCCCUUGGCUCAGGGUCAGGUGUGGGUUAGGUGUGUCCUCGGCUGGCAGGGGAGAGGUUACUUCAUUACCCAUUUUGUAUUUAAAAACUUUUUUUUUUUUUUAGAGUAAAGCCAUACACUCACUAUCCAUGUAAACAUUGAGAACUUUUUUUCCCCCAAAGAGAAAAAAAAAACUUUAUGACAUUGUAAAAUCUUAGAAAUUUCACUGUUUUCACUUUGUUAUGUGGCAUAUACAUUCUUUUCCAAGUGGGGGAAAUAUAGGUGCAACAAAAUCACAUAUAUCCCUUAUUUCAAUUAGCAAGUAAAAUAGAAGUAAAUAAUCAUAGAUGUAAAUGUACAAAUAUAUAUAAAUACAAACUGUUAGGUCCAUUUUUGUUUUGGGGAUAUAUGGUCUCAAGGCUGACUCCUUGCCAUUGGAUGCCAUCAUUCUCUUUUCUUCAUAAUAGAUGAGGAAUUCCAACUCCUGUUUCCCCUUCUUGAAAAUUAGGAUGUAGAGCAGAGCCCCUCUACCUCCUUUUAGAGGCCUUGCUCUCAGAGCAGGGUUCUUUUCAGAAUGUGUGCACGUAGGACUUGAGAUAUUGAUCUUAACAGUGGCACAAAAGCCAUAUGUACUCAGUAGAGGUUGUCCUCUGAAUUUUAAAUUCUGAUUUUCCCCAGUCUCAUAUCUGUGUUCAGCCUUUUCUCUUAAUGAUGCACACCAGGCUAGAGCCAAGGUUCCCGUAAUCUGCCUGGUCACAAGGAGAAAUACCUCAUAUUGUACUGGAUGCUGUGUUGCUGAACUUUUAUGGUCUGGGUUUGGUCUAAAAUACAAUUUUGACUUAUGAUAUUCUCAGCAUAUGAGGGGCAUUUGAGGAGCUAGCUCCAUGGCUACAGACUGGCUUUACACACAGAGUAUAGAAAUGUGAUCUGAAGCGAGAGUCGCAGACUCAUGUGAUCUUGUACACUCAGCACAGGUAGAAUGUUUCUGUUUGGAGUAUGUGCUUCCGGUCAGCCUAGAGAUUGGCCAGUUUCUUCAACUUGUUCCUGGAAAUGGGAAAACCUCUAUCCAUAUUUAUGGCCAUGUUCUCUGUGCUUCCGUUAUCCUGGAAGACACAGCGUCUGUAAGACUUUCUUUUCAAAGCACUUGUCCAAAGUCCCUGGAUUUGAAUGUUUGUCAUGAUAAUGUCCAGCCAGCCUAUGCUCUGUGUUUUACCUGCUUUAACUCAGCUUUGUGGCAACUACCCAAAAGCAGUCCAAUGAGCUUCCCUUAGCAGGCAAGAAGACAUCGAGAGCUUGUCAGGGGAUAUCAGUUCAUGAGGGAGAGCUAGCAUAGUAGUCUCUGUGUGGCUCUUGGAGGGGCAGCCCACCAUGAAGCAAAUGAGAUAGCCUCUCCUUUACCUGUAUGUGUCAUGGGACCAGUCAUUUCCUAUUUUGGCUUUGUUUUCUUAAGGGGUUUGCAAUCAUCAGGGCUAGAGUAGAGGUGAAUGUGUUUGUCAGCCUGGAAAGCAUAGUUCAACCAAGCCAAGGGUUCAGCCAUGAAGCUGGCUUUGCAAGCCUUUAACAUGGGUGUGAAAAUUCGGACAAGAAAGAAUCAAGCCAAAAUGUCCUAUCAUGGCCUGCUCCCUGUCCCUACCCCUUCAGACCACUAUGCCCUUUACCUUCUAAAUGUGGUCUGUCCUGAAUUCCUGGGCCAUGAGAUCUAUUGACUGGAGUCUGUGAGCACAGCUUCUUUGGGGCUACCUAAGAUACUACUCAACUUCUCCAGCACCCCCUUCUCUGCUCAGCAAUAGUGUUGGAGGAAUGGAAACUUUUGCCACCAACAGCAUUUGCUAGCAACUUCCUUCUCUGUGGUUUUUGUCUGUCAUCCCCUUGAUAAAAGAAUUUGAGCUGUGCCUCUGUCACCAACACUCAUGAACUGCAUCUUAACAUAAAAAACAGCCCCCUUUUAAGAAGCAGGCUGCUUGAGAAAUGAUGCACCAUGUGCUCUGAACUAGGUCACUCUCCACUCAGGGAGCUCUGGGUGUGCUUCACUCUGCAUGUGUGUCUCUCGUACUGCAGGCUUCGAGUACCUUCCACAGCUCAAGGAGAGAAAGAGAUGGGGAAUAGCAUGAAAUCCACAUCUCCACCUUCGGAGAGGCCGUUAUCCAGCAGUGAGGGACUUGAAAGUGACUUCCUGGCUGUGCUGACUGACUACCCAUCUCCUGACAUUAGCCCCCCAAUAUUCCGGAGAGGAGAGAAACUGCGUGUAAUUUCUGAUGAAGGGGGCUGGUGGAAAGCCAUUUCUCUCAGCACUGGCCGGGAAAGUUAUAUUCCAGGGAUAUGUGUGGCCAGAGUGUACCAUGGCUGGCUGUUUGAAGGACUGGGCAGGGACAAGGCUGAGGAACUGCUGCAGCUGCCAGAUACAAAGAUUGGUAGCUUCAUGAUUCGAGAGAGUGAAACAAAGAAAGGUUUCUAUUCGCUGUCUGUGAGACACAGGCAGGUGAAGCAUUAUCGAAUCUUCCGUCUUCCCAACAACUGGUACUACAUCUCACCAAGGCUCACCUUCCAAUGCCUGGAGGACCUGGUGACUCAUUAUUCUGAAGUGGCUGAUGGUCUAUGCUGUGUGCUCACCACACCCUGUCUGGCACAGAACAUACCUGCUCCAACAUCCCACCCAUCACCUUGCACCAGCCCUGGUUCACCUGUCACCUUGCGCCAGAAGACCUUUGACUGGAAGAGGGUAUCCAGAUUGCAAGAAGGUUCAGAGGGAGCAGAGAACCCACUCAGAGUGGACGAAUCCCUUUUCAGCUAUGGUCUUCGGGAAAGCAUUGCCUCUUACCUGUCCCUGACAGGGGAUGACAGCAGCUCCUUCGACCGGAAGAAGAAGAGUCUCUCCCUAAUGUACACUGGCAGCAAACGCAAGAGUUCCUUUUUUUCAGCACCCCAGUACUUUGAAGAUUAAUGACCUGGCUUGUACACACACACAAAAAAACAAAGGCUUUGACUGUCACCUGGGGUCUUACGGAGGCCAGCAUUCCUCCUUGGUUACCUCAGGUCUUCCAGGAAUCAAGGGAAACCACACAGAGACUGCCUUUACACACUGAUCAGAGGAACUCUUCCCUGAUGUCUGAUCAGUAUUGUGGAGUCACAUCAUGUUUAAAUCAUGAUGAAAUGGGGCAGUGCGUCAAAGAACUGUGUGUGUAUGUAGAACAGAACACUUUUGCAAGAGUACUUGGAGACUGACUCCAACUCGAAAUCCAAAUGGCCCUUCUCUGAGACCAUGUGGAAAGCAUCCAUCUGAGAAAGAACAUGGGGAAGAUGACUUCCUAGCUCCAGAAUGACCUCUACCUGGAGCCAAACUACCUUUAUAGGUCCAGUGAGACUUUUGGGUUAUGUCUCUUCUCUUUCUAAAGGACCAGUGACACUAAAAAAAUAUUCCGAAGGGAUUAAAUCUCUGAGCCGAAUGGAAUCUUUAGCACUCAGGGGUAUUGAAGUCACGUGGGCAUUAGAUGGCCAUGCUAAGCCACAGGAAAGUAUAGGGUAGUGAGGGAGAAAACAGGAGAGGGAGGAGGCAGCUCUACUGGAAAAACUUCUCAGAUAGACAGUUUUGACUCAUCCAGUUGUUGGGGUUCUAUGUUUUAGAACCCCCAUUCCUCAUGCCCAUAGGAAGAUGCCUGGGUGAAAUACUGUGCUGAGGUCAAAUGGGAAUAAAUGAGGUAUGAGUGGAAUUCCUUAAUGCUGGGAUUCCGGCUGGAGCAGAGAGAUAAGGAGAACAACAUGAUGUAACCCUGAAUGUGAAACAGGAGGAACCUUCACAGUUACAAUGAACUGAGGAGGAGUGAGGGUUAUCCAGGUGCUCUUAUUCCCAUGGAUCUACAAGGAAUACAAGGCUUGUUGGACCAAGUAGAUUAGAAUGCUUAGUGUUUGUUUGUUUGUUGCUGUUUUGUUUUAUUCUAUAAGGAAGCUGGUUAGCUUUAGAGAAUUAAUUUAUCCUGUAUAUUUUCCUGUAAGAAGGGCUGGCGUCUGCAUGAAUAAGAAUGCCCCUUUCUGGGAAAGGGGAACUGGAGAAGCUGAAUGCUGCCAUAGAUGAUUGUGAGAGGUGAGAGAAAACCCACAGGGCACUAAGGAAAGAGAAGCCUUCAUUCUCUCUCACACCUAUAUCCUGCUGGAAUGGGAGACAGGAUAGUCAUGGCUAUUCAUCCCUGUCUAUCACAAGGAUUCUUGGUAAGAGAAAUACAGGAGGGAUUUGUCACCCAUCAUGUGCAUUCCAUAUACCUGGGCUCAGCCUGCAGAUGGUACAAGCAUACGCCUUGACAUGACGUGACAUAUCGUCAGAUCUGGUGUUUUUACACCUAGAGGCAUGGGUGUUCUCUGAGGUCUUUCAAAAUGGCUAUUUCAAAGAUACUCGUCAGUGUGUGAGAAACAAAUGUCACACAAGGUCAGUAACUUCUGCUAUGAGGCCAUGAUCUCUGGCUCCUGAUGUAUCUCUGUUCACUAUCUUCUGUGCUGUUUUCUGUUGUGGUCAAUGUGAUUGGAACUUUGAGUAGUAUUUGGGGGUACUUCUAAGUGGGAAGCAUUACACUUUGCCAAAUCAUGUAUUUAUUCCUGAUUAAAGUAAAACUAAUACUUAUUUAACCUUG